AUGUCUAUAUCCGGCACCAUCUCCCGACGUCGCAUCGGCUCUGUGAGUCAGAGAGUGAACGACUCGUUGCCGCAACUCGAUAUUCAGAGCAUCCAGAUGCCAUCAAAUCCCCAGAAUGCCCUCGCCCUCAAGACAGCUGCGCUGUCCACCUCCACGAGGUCCUUGUAUCAAACAUGUUCCAUCCUGAAGAAAAGACUGAUGUGUGUCGAGGGGUUCCAGCCGUUCUUGGAACAACCACCCAACGCCGAACCGAUCGACGUCGUCUCCCACAUGUGCCACCUCUUCCGACUCGGCUCCCCUCUCCUCCAUCUCUACAACCUUCUCAUCCCAGCAUUCACUGAUUCCCUCUCACCCCUGUACGCCGACCUCCCAGCACCCGCUAAACUCGAGUAUGCCUUUCCCCAAUUCAAAGCUACCCCCAACGGUGUUCGCAACUGGGCGAAAAAGCCCGAGAACGCCAAACCGUGUCAACGAUACAUUGCAGCAUUCUGCAUGGCGAUGAAGAAGCGGAUAGAAGAAGGGAGAUGGCACUCGGAUAUGUGGGCCCUGCACGAGCUGUGGGGCAAGUCAACGGGAGAAGAGCUGGAGGCGUAUGAUUCGACGGGAUUGAUGAAGGUGUUGAGCACGGUUGAGGAAAUGCUCGACAACCUCCCCGAGUCGGCCUUGUCUCCCAUAUCUCCGCAUACACCCUUUACCGGCAACGGCUCUAUCGCUCAGCGCACACAGUCGCGACAAUCCUACGACUUGCCAUUCUCCAUGGGAGGUAUGGGCUCCGGCGCCGGUGCUGUCGCCAACAUGGCGGCCACCAUGAACGGUGGCGUCCACAUUGAGGCCAGCGCGAAUGAAAACUCGCCCUCCACUGAAGAGAUGCAGCGUGGGCCGUCAAAGAUGUCAGCAGAGGCCAAUGCGUACAAGUCGGUGGAAGAGCUUGUGGCGAGUGAAAAGAGCUAUGUGCAAGAGUUGGAAAUUUUGGUGAGAUGCUCCCAGGAGAUGGUGGAGGCGCGCCUGGUAUCGACAGAGACGAAUCAUAUGAUCUUUUCAAACCUGUCAAAGAUAUUGGAUUUCCAUCGAAAAUUCCUGAUCAAGCUCGAGACCGAGUACGAACCGAUGGAAGAGAAAGGCCAGGGCGCUUGGGCUGAAGGCGUGUGGGGGCGACCUUUCAUUGUCAGCGAGGCCGAGUUUGACUGCUAUGGUCCUUACUGUGCCAACUACCUCGACGCUAUCACGGUUGUGAAUGAGCAGAUGCCACUUCUCAUGCGAGGGCAAGAACUUGCUCUGGCUGAUCGACCCUGUCUGGACCCUCAACGGGAACUGCAGGCGUUCAUGAUCAAGCCUAUCCAGAGAAUCACCAAAUAUGGUCUUUUGCUCGACGCUAUCCUCCACGCGACUGCCAAGCACGAGUACCCCUACCGUCCCGAACUUGAAGAAGCCUCCGCUGCCGUCAAGCGUAUCGCUGCCGGAAUCAACGAAGUCACCGACUUUAAAGCCAAACAAGCCACCAUACGCGAGCUUGUCGAGCGCGUCGACGACUGGAAAGGUCACGACGUGGACAAAUUUGGUCCCCUUCACAUCGACGACCACUUUACCGUAACAAAAGCCGACCAGCCCAGAGGGUACCAUGUCUUUUUGUUUGAGAAAAUGAUGCUCUGCUGCAAGGAAAUCACACCCGACAAGAAAAAGUCGGGAAAGAAUAGCAGUAUGCUGAGGAAGGAUCGGGGUAUGAGCAAGAGCGGGCCAUUGGACAAGAAAAAGCUGGCGUUGAAGGGAAGAAUAUUUGUAUCAAAUAUCAAAGAGGCUACUCUACUUCCUUCAGAGGCUAAUGCAGAUCCUUACGGUGCUGCUCGUCUCCUGAUUGGCUGGACAAUCCCUCUGCGGACAACCGACGGCUACCACGAGGACCAAGAAGAUUCCUUCAUCAUGAUUGGCAAGAGCGAAGACCAAAUGAAAAAGUGGUCAGAAAAGGUGCUCGACCUCGCCAAGAAUGAACGAAAGGUACAAGAGGAGCUGCGACAGCAGCGAAUGAAGUCUGGCCGUCUUUCUGGAUCAGAGAGACAUUUCCAACACUCUUCCUUCGGUCCUCCCACUCCUGCUAGCGAGUUCCCUCCGCCAAACCCCUUCAACAUGCCACCUCUGCCUGACAAGGCUGCCGCCCACUAUCACGGUGAAGAUGACGAUCCCAACGGUCUCCAUAGCGGACGCACCACGCCGAGUACGCAAUCCCAUCCCUACGCCUACCAACUUCCAGGAGGCAACCGCAGAGUGCAGAGCCAACAGUCGAUAUCAUCGAUGAACCCCAUCGAGACGCGGGCUCGAGCAAUGACGGAAGAUCAAAACGGCCCCAACAUGGCCCAGUGGCGCACACAACAACCCCUCGCUCCUCCCAUGCCACGCUUGGUAUCAAACAUGUCGGGCAUGUCGAUGGCUUCUGAAGCGUCGUUCGGUAACGGGCCGCCUAGUGCUGGCAACAGGCCUGGUAUGGGCAGACAGAUGAGUUCUGUGAGGUUACCGCGCGCGCCGGAAGAGGAAGCCGAGAAAGAUGAGAGCCCGACAGGACAGAGAGAGGCCUUCAACAGAUACGGGCCUUCGCGAGGGAUGGCCAGGACUCCCAGUCAAGGAGUUGCUACCGUCCCGCAUCCUCCGGCUUUGAGGAACCGCAGUGCAUCGUCACCGAAUGUCUAUCAAGAACCUGUCGUUAUUGGAGCGGCUCCUCCCGUCCCAUAUACUGCUGGCGCCAACGGUACAUGGACGACAGGCUCAGCUUCCAAUCUUCCAUCCAACACACACCCCUACGCUCAUAGCACUCCUGUGCCGGGCUUCGGACCUCCUCCACAGGGAGGCACCACUGUCGUCGGUGGCACGGCGUACUUUAACAAGCGGGUGUCGAGUGGGAAGCGGUCCAGCGCAGGUUCGACAACGACAACUGAAACGUCGGAUCAGACCAGCCCCGCGACUCCUUAUGGAACCAGUGGAGAUCUGAGGCCAACACAAUUAAGGCAGGGGAGCGGGGAUAGUGUUGGUGGAAGUGUUCUAGUCAAGGUCCGGUGUGGCGAGGACCAAUUCAUCCUUGGAGUCUCACAUGAGAUUGACUACAUCACUCUCUACCAGAAAAUUCAGAAGAAGCUUCGUCUAUGCAGCUCGCGUCCAGCAGGCGAGCACGACAAGCUGCAGAUCCGAUACGUCGAUAACGACGGAGACGAGAUUCAGCUCAAGUUUGACUCGGAUGUGGAGAUGAUGAUGGAAGACGGUCGGGAUAUGGCGGGGCAGAUCAACCUGAUCGCCAGGUGGACGGAAGGAGCGGGGAAACGUUUGGGCGGCGAAGUGUACCAAGUAUAG